AAAAACAAACUAUUUGAAUCGAAAAAAAAGUGGUCAAAACACGUGAAAUUUUGAUGCUAGCUCUAUCAGUUCAAUAUGCCAAUCGAUCAGAAACGAAUCAACGGUCCGGAGGGUUCCCUGCCGUAUCAGAUUUUCGGCAAAAAUCGAAAUCGUGCUUUUGAGGAACGUUACACAGAUGUGUUCGAGGCAAAUGGGAAACGGAAAUGUGGUCGAAAAGACAACGAAAGCCGGAAGUAUUUUAUGAAGCUGGGAGUGGUAUCUACGGCCAAAGGUUCUGCCUAUCUUGAGCUGGGGAAUACCAAGGUUAUAGUUUCCGUUUUCGACCCGAGAGAAAUUCCGAAGCAGAAUAAGUUCAGAGAGCUCGGCGAAUUGUACUGCGAUUUCAAAUUUUCUCCUUUCGCCUGUACUCACAGAAAAAAUCCUCAAACGGAUGCCGAGGAGCGUUCACUUGCUGCAGCAUUGAACAAAGCUCUUCAACCCGUUGUUUGCCGGCAUUUGUUCCCCAACUUUCAGAUCGACAUUUUUGCCAAUGUGCUAGAGGACGAUGGAUCGGUUUUGGCAGCAGUCAUAACUGCAGCUGGAUUGGCUUUGAGUGAUGCCACAAUCGCAAUGUUUGAUGUAGUAACAGCAUCGACAGUGGCUGUCUUUGGAGAUCGUAUCUAUCUUGAUCCGACGUUAGCUGAAGAGAAAAUUUGCCUUGAAGGGGGUAAAAACGGAAAUCAUGGCCUCAUCACCAUGACCAAAUUGCAAACGUUGGAUCAGACGUCAGAUAUUCGACAAGCAGGAAAAAUCACCUUGAAUCGAAUGAAAGAAGCUUGCAAGGUUCUGAAUGAAUCAUGCAAUGAGAUUGCCCCUGUUGUCCAGCAGAUGUUGGUCAGUAAAGUACAAAAACAUAUGGGCGAAAUCGAUCUGGAAGAGGAAGACGAUAAUACCGACCAGGAAAAAGACGAGUUGGACUGUUCGAGUGUUAGCCAGAUAUCAAUCAAUGCAGAGAAAUAAAUUGAAAUAUUGUUUAUUAUAAUUUUUCAAGUUUCUUAAUGUAAUCUGACAUUCACUCAUCCGGUUUCUCCGGAGGUGGUCCACAGGGUUGCAACAUUUUUUCCAUAAUGUUGAACCGGAUCCGGGCCUUCGACUCGUUCUCGGCGACGGCGAAGUAACUCAGCAUAUCGUGAUGGCCCAGGUAGCUGGCCAGCGAAUCCCGAUGCUGAUUGGUGAGCCACUCGUACUUGUUGGUGUCAGCAUGUCCGGUUCCGAUGUAUUUACUCUGCAAAUGCUCGAGCUGGCUGUGGAUGUUAUACCGGUCACCCAUUUUAUAAAACUUCGUUUAACUCCGGUCCAAUUAAAUUCGACGCCGAGGAAGCAAAACAACUUUGGUUUGUUGGUAAACAAUAAGAAA